AUGAGUAAUGCUAAGCGGAUCCAGUCACGUGCGCUCAAAGAUUUCAACUUUGUCAUGUUGGCACAUGAAGGUCGUUCUAGGAUCGCACUGGUGGCACCUGCUGCGUUAAUAGCACAUAAUGCGGGUGUGGAGGAGAAGUGGUGGUGGAGAAGAUUAAGGAUAGCGAGUGGGAGGUUUGGUCACAAUGCAAUGGCUGACAAGUAUGAGAAUCUGUUAGAAGCUGGUGUAAUUGACCCUGCAAAAGUGACAAGAUGUGCACUGCAGAAUGCUGCAUCCGUUGCUGGAAUGGUCCUAACAACACAGGCCAUUGUUGUGGAGCAGCUCAAACCAAAGGCACCGGUGGCUGAAGUGAACCACCUGGUAGUCUUUCCAUCUAAGCACUAUGCCCUAUUUGGUCUCCCAAAAAUUAGGUUAGAUGUUUCAGAAAUCACCAACAUAAAGAUGGAGUGA